GGCCCCGCCUCCAUGGAGGCCAUCUUAUGUAACCAGAGAGAGGCGCCUGGUGUAUCCUCUGUCAGCUCAACUAACGGGAGAGAGAGGUCUCUUUUCCUCAAGGCCUAAGGGAAGGAAGCAGCGCAGAAAGGGCGAGGCUGAACUAUUGUAAAGUUGUGUUCAAGAUGGCUUUCGGAACCAUAAAAUCUGACCAUGUCCAAUGGAACUACUACAAUAAAGGCAAAACAGUCAAAGUCCAUUGGGUAUCAGCUCUUGCGUGAUUGCCUUGGUGGAGAGACCAUAGGGCACUCAUAUUUUACUUGGUCCAGAUUUUCAAGCAACAUUAAAAUAGUCAUGGCUUCUGUUCCAGAUAAUGCAAACGUUCAGGCUUCUCCAGUGGAACAAAAAAGCAAGAGUUCAUGGCCUUGUCCCAUUACAAAUAUUCAUCCAGAAGAGCUUGCAAAGAUUCGUCAACAAUGUAAAGAAGAAAGCUUCUGGUACAGAGCUCUCCCUCUAUCUCUGGGAAGUAUGCUUGUUGUUCAAGGACUAGUUGCCCAAGGUGUUUUCAAACCAAAUCCUAAACUUGGACCCCUUCCUAAAAUGGCACUUGCUGGUGCCCUGGGUUUUGCUGUUGGGACAAUGUCGUAUAUAAGAACAUGCCAGAAGAAGUUUGAACAUGCUGGCGUGCAAUUUUUCGGCCCAGGAAAAAAAUGGCAUUGCCAUCACAUGUGUGAGGAAUGUAAAGCUAAGUCUAAAGCAAGCCAACUGGAACAAACACAGCCUUCCGUUUCUUAAAACCGAUAACAUGGAAGAGAUCAUUCUGUCAUGGUACCUAUUCUUGAAUAUGGCCUCAUUAUUUUGUAAAAUCUGCCUUUUUCAAAAUGUUUAUUGCAACUUUUAAAUAAAAUUAGGAGGAUGUUUUUGUCACUUUUCUUUUAGUAGAUGCAAACUUUCAGUAGGCUCACUAUUAUUUUAGAGAGUUACUCUGGUUUUACACUUGGACCCUAAAAUUGCAGUCAAGAAAAUUUGUCAGCUAAACAAUCAAGUUACACAACAAAUGGUGGAAGCAAGUCAUUCCACUGAACAACCCUUCAGUAAAUAAUUAAUGGUAAAAAAAAUCUUUAGUUUAUAACUGCUAAUCAAGGUCAGUAUCCAAUGACUGUCCAGUUUGUAUAAUUUGAACUCCCCCGCUCAGCUCUCUGUAGCACCAAAAUUCUCCUCUGGGAUUUCCCAGUCCUUUUAGCAGGUUUUUAAGGCACAUGGGUAUGGGGGCUGCAUGAAUUGGAGAGGUUACACAUCCUGGCCAAGGAAAAAUGUUUUUGAUAUUAAUGUACAUAGUCUCUUUGUAAGAUAUUGCUAGUAGGAAAAACUUGUGUAACUAUUAUUGAAUUACACAUUGACUGUAAGUAUAGUCAUUCGUAUGUUCAUAUGCUAGAUCAUGAUAGAUGCAUAGGAAUUACUGCGUUUAUAAAAAAACCUGAGUGUUUUAUGUAUAAUAAAAGGAACUACAAUAUUAUGAUCUGAUACAACACACUAUUAAAAAAAUACCAACUUGUUAAAUACAGUGCAGCAUCAGAAUCCAUGGGACCUAAAAUCAAAAAUUAUAUCCAUUUGGGUGCCCAACUGGUGUUUUGCUUCUACUUUACCAAUACAGCAGUUAUAAUGGCUUGGUUUUCAAGUAGAGAAACUCAUUUGAAUAUCUACAGAAUGCAUAAGCACUACAUUGUUGAUAAUUACUAAUAUUCCCAUAAUUUCAGAUUCAAAACACCGGCAACUUUCCCAGUAAUAAGUAUUUGUGUCAAGCUUUUCAUUUUUGUGCUGUAGCUUUAUAGAAUGAAGCCAAAGACUUAACUUUCAGCAUAAUUUCAUAUGAAAAGUUCACUUGGAAGAGUGAAACCAGCAGCAUAAGUCUCCUAGACCUCAAGAGUGGACAUUUUCCAUCAUUGCCACCCUAGAGCCAACAGCUGCAAAUGAUUUAGCGCUCAGAGUGAGAAGACGCUGUGACACGAGAAGCCAGGCAAACCUGGAUAGAACCAGUCAAUCACAGCCCAGGGAAUAAUGGAGAUGGGUGCUUCCAUGUUCCUGCCUUUCACAAUUCCUCCAACUGAGUGGAACAACCCACAUUUAGAAGGUUCCUCCCCACUUCAUAGGGAAAAGAUAUAACUUGGAGGCUUAUCUGUUAAACAGUUAGAUAGGGCCAGGUAGAAAUAGAGAUGGGGCAGGGAUUAAUAGGAAUAGAUUAGAUCUAGGGAAGAUCAGAUGAGUAAGGAUCAGUUGUAAAGAGGGGCAUUAAUAAGAUCUGAAUAGGGUUUCUGAGAGUUGAUAGCAUGGAAAAGUUCAGGGAGAAGUGUUUUUUGUCUGAAACCUGAGAUGUUCUAAUGUUCUGUGUGGAACCAGAUUAACACUAGAUGUUUAUCUUAUCUAUUACAAUAAAUCUUAAUUGGUUUUAUUUUCUUAA